AUGCUCCCCUCCCUCCUAACGACGCUCUUCACCAUCACGGCCCAGCCGGGGACCGACAUAUGGCGCAAACCCCCCAGCACAGACGUCUUUAAUGGUAAGAGCAAAAGAAAAACCACACAAAUCAUGAAUAUACACACAAACAACCCCAAACCACUUCUCUCCAGCCAAGCCAACACUAACACUCAACCCUCCCUCCCUCCAGCCCCGACCUCCCACGCCCAGACCAACCCCCUCAGCGCCUUCCGCUCCGCCCGCGUCUCCUUCACCGGCACCUGGACCCACCGCUACGACCAGGCCGGCAUGGCCCUCUCCCUGCACCGGAGCACCGGCACAAACUGCUCCUCCUCCUCCUCCUCCGCCUCCUCCUCCGCCUCCGCCGGCCCCAGCACGCCGCCAAAGUGGGUCAAGACCGGCAUCGAGUACUACCAGGACCAGCCGCGCCUGAGCACCGUGACCUGCGACGCCUGGGCCGACUGGAGCGUCGCCCUGCCCGCGGCCGGCACGGCGGGCCCGGGCCAGGCGGACCGGCCCGUCGUGACGCUGCUGGCGCGCCGCGAGGCCGACGAGCUGGGCACCUCGCUGUGGGUCUACCAGGUCGUUCCCGCCGCCGCCGGAAAUCAAGGGGAGGAGGAGGUGCUGCUGCUGCCGAUGCGCGAGUGCGCGUGGGCCUUUGCCUACGAAGAUGACGAGGACUGGAUGCUCACGGUGGCGGCGUACGCGGCGCGGCCGGACAAGAACACCACCGAGACCCUCGAGGUGGCGUUCCAGGAGCUGAACGUCGAGUGGGCAGUGACCAAGUGA